GUAAAGGACAACAUUGCGAAAAUGGCAGCGACCAUGAGCAACGUGGAUGAAAUUCGGAAUAGAGUAAUAUUAGGUGAAUUUAACGUAAAAAAUGUUCACACAACAGAUUACCCUGGCAAUUAUCCAGGCUACGAUGACACAUGGAGUUUGCAGAAAUUUCAAAAGAAUUUUAGGAUCGAUGUGGUGCAAAUGGAUGAAACGUGCAUGGAGUUUGACAUGGUCGGCAUCGAUGCUUCCAUUGCCAAUGCUUUUCGACGAAUAUUGCUUGCAGAGGUCCCUACUAUGGCUGUCGAGAAGGUGUUUAUUUACAACAACACAUCCAUCAUUCAGGAUGAGGUCCUUGCACAAAGGCUAGGCUUGAUCCCUAUCAAGGCUGACCCGAGACUGUUUGAGUACAGAAAUGCAGGGGAUGAGGAAGGCACUGAAAUUGAUACAAUUCAACUUCAACUGAAGAUCAAAUGCACCAGAAACCACCAAGCCACCAAAGACUCUGCUGACCCCCAGGAACUUUACCUUAAUCACAUGGUGUAUUCCAAAGACAUGACGUGGGUCCCCAUUGGGAACCAGGCUGAUGUGUUAGCAGAUGCCAACAUUGGUCCUGUACAUGGGGACAUUCUUCUGGCAAAGCUUCGACCUGGACAAGAACUGGAUAUAGUCAUGCACUGUGUGAAAGGCAUUGGUCAAGACCAUGCCAAGUUUUCCCCGGUGGCUACAGCCAGUUACAGACUCCUUCCUGAGAUCACACUAAUGAAAACUGUGGAGGGGGAGAAAGCAGAGCGUCUGAAACGCUGCUUCUCCCCUGGAGUCAUUGAGCUAGAGAACCACGGAGGAAAGGUUGUUGCCAAGGUGAUGAACAGUCGCUUAGAUACAUGCAGUAGGGAGGUACUAAGACACGAUGAUCUCAAGAAUGCUGUGAAGCUUGCAAGAGUGCGGGACCAUUUCAUCUUUUCUGUAGAAUCCACUGGUAUCCUGCCACCUGAUGUCUUGGUCUCAGAGGCUAUCAAAGUUCUCAUGGCUAAGUGUCAGAGAUUCCUGAGUGAGCUUGACUCCUCAGAGAUGGAAUAACAGCAAUUAAGUUUGACCAAAUGCAAAUAGCCAACCCCAGGGGUUAGACAUGGUUGGCUUGUGUACAACAUUUUUUGGACAAUAAAACACAACACACUUGGAAUGGAAGGACAAUGGGGGAAUACUGAGGAUGCUUUGUUUUUAAAACAACCUUUUGCCAAGUAUGUACCCAGCAUAAGACCAUUUGUCAGGAAGGGUUGUACUGCUCCUGUACUAUACUUUAUUUUGUACUCGGAUGUUUUCCAAUGGGAUGUCUUUAUGGCUGACCCAACAUUAGUACAUUUCUACAGUUGUGCAAAAAUUAUAAGCAGGUUAUUUGUUGAUAGAACGUUUUUGAUGAAGGCAGAGUUGGUUGUCACUGUAAAGUGGCAGCUGUCAAACUGUGCUAAGGUGCAGUGCACUAUGUAUACUUGUAAUCAGUUAGUAGUAUGUAAUGCAUAUUCAAUGUUACUCUUAAUACUAAUAAAGUUACAAAAUGUUAUUUCUA